GAUGCUUUCAUCAUUCCUUCUCCCAAACCCACACGAGAAAACACUUUCAUCAUCAUCGAACGAAUAAUUUCGAAUCGCACCAUGAAAUCGCUUCUCCUCUUCGGAAUCGCUGUCCUGCUCUUUCAUUCAUGCCUUGCCUCUGAAAUCUCCUACCCCAAGGCCAUUUCGGAUUUGAAGGAUUCAAUUAUGAAAGGAUUUGGGAUUACGGCGGAGGAUGAGGUGAAGAUUACGGGGUUCGAUCCUCGAGAAGCUGAAGUUGGGCAUUCCGUGGAGUACCGAUUCGACUUAGAAAUCGAUCAUCAGGUCAUUCCCUUCAAACUUCUCGAAGACGUCAAACGUUGGGAUUACGUGGAUCUUCCCAUUUUCCAGUCCCAGGACCAGGCACAUACAGGCUUGGUCCAGAAACGGGCCUCGGAUAACAGGCUUCCCGUUCUGGCUCCCUUCGUCCUUGCUGGGCCCAUGGAACUCUGGAUUCACGACGCCAAUGACAUGAGACUCUCUCUUCCCCAUGACGUGGAUGCUGGUGUGUUGAAGAAAGUGAUUUUGGCGGAGGGAGCGGCGGUUACCGUUAAAGGUGCAAGAUCCGUUAGUCUCCGUCAACCGCUUGAUUUUCCUCUUCCGUUAAACCGGACGGAGAAUGGUUUCGCUAACGGUCUUUUGGCUCUCGCUGGACAUCUUCGCCAUGCUUCUAGAACCCAGGCUUCUCCGAUUUUGUCGCUGAGAAUCGUUGGUCCCACGUCGAUCGCAGCAGCGCCUUCCGACUCAACAACAUCAACCUCGUUGAAGCUUAAACGUCUUGCACCUGGUCUUGUGGAAUUGUCUUCGCCCUUGAAGACCAAAGAGGUUGAGCCAUUUUCGAGCGUUGAUCUCGAGGGUGAAGCGCCCACGAUUCUUACACCCACUCAGUUUUCAACUUUGUGGCCACUUUCUUCGAUUAAUGGGUCGAAUGCGAACUUGUUGGGGUUUGAGAAACUGUUACAUUCUGUGUUAGGGCACAAAGCUGACAAGAAAGGUUCUUUUAGAUUGUUGAAGGCUGAUGUUUCUGCUCAGACUUACGUGAAGAUUGGUUUCAAAGCUGAGAAGAAGGUGAAUGAAGAGGACUUGGAGGGUUACCCUGCGUGGAGAACAAAGCCUGAAACUUUGACAACACAUUUUGAGGUUCUGGCUAAGGUGGAUGGCGAGAGAGUGGUGCCGGAGAAAGUUAUGCAGUUGAAACCUGUUGUUCCGGUGGACAAUGUGGCGCCCAAUUUGCUCGUUGGGAAUGUGUCUAUGUCGAAGAUGCAAGACGUUCACCCUCCUCCCAACCCCUUUAGCCUGUAAAUUGUGGAAAGGAAAAGGGAUUGGUUGUUUUUGUAUACUCUACUCAGUAAUUACAAUAGAGAGAAAGAUGUAACGUCUUGCAUCACUUUUUUAUUUUGGUAUAUACAACAGUUAACACAUGUAAAAUUGUAUAAAGAGAAAUUUGUUUUAUUUUGGCACCUUA